AUGUCGAAGCCAUUGACCCUGGAGGAGGCCAUCCCAAAGGCCAUUGGUACCCUGUCGUUUGACGAGGACAACCAGCUGAUCGAGUCGACCGGCAUUGGCAAGGACAGAGUCAGCGAUAUUAUCGAGAUUGCCCAGAUGGAACUGGACAAGGACGGCUACGGUGUUGUUUCUGACAAGGACGUCUUAGUCAAUGUAUUCAAGCAGGCUGGGAAGACUGUGGUUGUGUAUACCCCGAACGAGGAGUAG